UCACUGCAGCUGCUCGCCCGACUCAGUGUCGCCGUGCUGCCUACCUGAGUCGGAGCGCUCUGGGGCGGGGGUGCGGUCGUGUAAUAGGAAGCGGAGUGCUUUGCAAGCUUCCCGUGGGACACCCGCUAACCCGGCCGGUCACCAAGUCUGGUGCAUUCCCAGCCGACCUCUCCGGUUUUCAUUUUUGGUGCUCGAAGUCCCCUGCUUGUAGCAGCCAUGCCUCUCAGCCGCAGUCUCUCCAUGUCCUCACUUCCAGGACUGGAAGAUUGGGAGGAUGAGUUCGACCCGGAGAACACAGUGCUUUUCGAGGUGGCCUGGGAGGUGGCCAACAAGGUGGGUGGCAUCUACACUGUGCUGCAGACGAAGGCGAAGGUGACUGGGGAUGAGUGGGGUGACAACUACUACCUGGUGGGACCGUACACGGAGCAGGGCGUGAGGACUCAGGUGGAGCUGCUGGAGCCCUCGACUCCUGAGCUGAAGAGGACCCUGGAUUCCAUGAACAGCAAGGGCUGUAAGGUGUAUUUUGGACGUUGGCUGAUAGAGGGGGGACCCCUAGUGGUGCUCCUGGAUGUGGGGGCCUCAGCCUGGGCCCUGGAGCGCUGGAAGGGUGAGCUUUGGGACACCUGCAACAUCGGGGUACCCUGGUACGACCGUGAGGCCAAUGACGCUGUCCUGUUUGGCUUCCUCACCACCUGGUUCCUGGGUGAGUUCCUGGCGCAGAACGAAGAGAAGCCAUAUGUGGUUGCCCACUUCCACGAGUGGUUGGCAGGCAUUGGUCUGUGUCUGUGCCGUGCCCGGCGCUUGCCAGUGGCAACCAUCUUCACCACCCAUGCCACGCUGCUGGGGCGCUAUCUGUGUGCUGGGGCCGUGGACUUCUACAACAACCUGGAGAACUUCAAUGUGGACAAGGAAGCAGGCGAGAGGCAGAUCUACCAUCGCUACUGCAUGGAGCGAGCCGCUGCCCACUGCGCUCACGUCUUCACCACCGUGUCCCAGAUCACUGCCAUUGAGGCUCAGCACCUCCUCAAGAGGAAACCAGACCUCAUUACAGAUGGUUUGUAUUAUAAAAAAUGCUUUGGCCUGGUGGCUUCUGGGGUUCGUAGUUUUCAGACCCAGCUUGGGAACUGAGACCUCAUUCUUUCCUGUGACUUGUUUAGGCACUUGGACUUCAACUUAGACAAGACUCUGUAUUUCUUUAUUGCUGGCCGCUAUGAGUUCUCCAACAAGGGAGCUGAUGUGUUCCUGGAAGCCUUAGCCCGGCUCAACUAUCUUCUCAGAGUGAACGGCAGCGAGCAGACAGUUGUUGCCUUCUUCAUCAUGCCGGCCCGGACCAACAAUUUCAACGUGGAGACCCUGAAGGGCCAAGCCGUGCGCAAACAGCUCUGGGACACGGCCAAUACAGUUAAGGAGAAAUUCGGGAGGAAGCUUUACGAGUCCUUACUAGUGGGGAGCCUCCCAGACAUGAACAAGAUGCUGGACAAGGAGGACUUCACUAUGAUGAAGAGAGCCAUUUUUGCUACUCAGCGGCAGUCUUUCCCCCCUGUGUGCACCCACAACAUGCUAGACGACUCCUCAGACCCCAUCCUGACCACCAUCCGCCGAAUUGGCCUUUUCAACAGCAGUGCUGACCGUGUGAAGGUGAUUUUCCACCCGGAGUUCCUCUCCUCCACGAGCCCUCUGCUCCCUGUGGACUAUGAGGAGUUUGUCCGAGGCUGUCACCUUGGGGUCUUUCCCUCCUACUAUGAGCCCUGGGGCUACACACCUGCGGAGUGUACCGUCAUGGGCAUCCCCAGCAUCUCCACCAACCUCUCGGGCUUUGGCUGCUUUAUGGAGGAACACAUCGCAGAUCCCUCAGCUUACGGCAUUUACAUUCUGGAUCGGAGGUUCCGCAGCCUGGAUGACUCCUGCUCGCAGCUCACCUCCUUCCUCUACAGUUUCUGUCAGCAAAGCCGGCGACAGCGCAUCAUCCAGCGGAAUCGCACAGAGCGGCUGUCAGACCUGUUGGAUUGGAAGUACCUAGGCCGGUACUACAUGUCUGCACGCCACAUGGCCCUGGCCAAGGCUUUUCCAGAUCAUUUCACCUAUGAGCCCCAUGCGGUAGAUGCGUCCCAGGGGUACCGUUACCCACGGCCAGCCUCCGUACCGCCAUCGCCCUCACUGUCUCGACACUCCAGCCCACACCAGAGUGAGGAUGAGGAAGAGCCCCGGGAUGGACUACUGCGGGAAGACAGUGAGCGUUAUGACGAGGAAGAAGAGGCUGCCAAGGACCGCCGCAACAUCCGAGCACCGGAGUGGCCCCGCCGGGCCUCCUGUUCUUCCUCCACAGGCGGAAGCAAGAGAAGCAACUCAGUGGACACUGGCGCCUCCAGCUCACUCAGCACACCCACUGAGCCCCUGAGUCCUACCAGUUCCGUGGGCGAGGAACGUAACUAAGCCCCUCUACCCCACUCCCUGCCUGUCCUGUGCCCCUCCUGCAGAGGGCCUGAUAGAUGGGAGGGUGCCUGAACCCCACUCCAGACCCUGAGAGGGACCCGUACCCAGUGUGGUCCACAGCCCAGCCUGUUUCAGACACUCCAGCCCCUGGGCUCCAGUCUUGGAGCCCCCACACUCCACACCGCUGUGUGCCUUUCUUGAAUUGCAGAAUGCAUUCUGUGUUCUGGUCUGGAGUCUCCAGACUCAGACUGGGUCCCAGAGGCCAGGAAUCUGCCUUUGUUCUUCGAUGCCAGAGGUUUUCAGCCUCCUAGUUUAUUGUUUUCCAGGCUGCAGCUUCUUCAUUUGAUCCUAAACCACAGAGUAUGCUGUGCCCAGGCCUGCCCCCAAGACCACCUCAUGUUAGAAUCUGUGGCCUCCCUGCAACCGGGACGCCAAGUGCAGAGUUAGGACGCCUCAGGGAUUAACAUAGUUGAAUAUGGGCUGGUCAGAGUGCUUGCCUGGCACACCCAGGGAUCUAGCUCUAACACCUCACCUGUAAACCUGAAUUGCUGGUGCACCUCUGUAAUUCCAGCACUCAGUAAGUAGAGGCAGAAGGGUCAGGCGUUUGUCUUCUGCUACACAGGAAGUUAGUUCAAGGCCAGGCAGGGCAAAAGUCAGUGAAGCAAAGGUAACAGUGCUUAAGGUCCUCCAUUUCAGCCCACAGCUGGGAUUCCAGGACAGGCUGCAAGCUUGAUCUCCCUAGGUGUGUCCUGCUCAUUUCUCCCAGGGAGCAUGCAGAGUUGGACCAGACCCUUUUGCCUUCUUGUGGACCAGAGGUUAUUCUUCCCUUUGGUUCCAGGAAAUGCCUCCUGGAACUUUGAGAACAGGAUGACUAUCAACCCCACAACGGCUCAGCCUGCGGUGAAACAGCUGGGCUCUGGCUCCCAAUGGCCAAACCAGGAGUCUGAUCACUGUGCUGUCCCCUGGUCCCCUUUCCUGAUCUAGAACCAAGCCCACUGGCUUCUCGAAGCCCCAUGUGUACCUCAAGGCCUUUCUGCCUGCAAGCUUUGGCCUGCCCCAGCUCUUCAGUGAAGGGGGGCCCUCAUACCUGAGGCCCUUCUUGGUUUGCAUUUGGAGGGGGAGGGCAGAAGGUGUGUGAUUGGAGUGUGUCCAGAUGAAAAAAAUAUACGUGUAUUUAAGA